UGUGAACUUUGAGGGCAUUGAUGAUGUCAGCUUGGCCACAAUAGACCGAGUUCUCCGGCGCCAAAAGAUGCGGAUGAAACAAGUCUAUAGGGUUCCCUUUGAGCGAAACUCUGCACGACACAAAGACCUACAUUACGAGUAUGUGCAAAGGAUAUUACAGUUGGACGCGAUGGCCAGACCUCAUGAGUACCUCUUCCUGGAUGAGGCUGGCUUCAACCUGCAGAAACGAAGGCAAAGAGCCAUCACUGAGGUUCCUGGCCAACGGGGGGGUAAUAUUACUCUUUGUGCGGCCAUGGGUUUGGAGGGGCUUGUCCACCAGCAGGCUGUCCUUGGGUCUUACAACACCCAACGUCUCCUAACCUUCCUAGAGGAGCUAAAAGAUAUCCUCCUGGACCGCCAACAACACCAUCCAUCAUUUGGGACAAUGUACACUUCCACAGAACAAACCAAAUCAGAGUGGUUCACCACCAACAGUAACCACUUUUUAAACGUCUGUCUGCCACCCUACUCCCCUUUCCUGAACCCUAUAGAGGAGUUCUUCUCAUCGUGGAGAUGGAAGGUUUAUGACAGACAACCAUACACUAGAGAGAACCUCCUAAGGGCAAUGGAGCUGGCGUGUGUUGACAUCCCAGUGGAGAACUUCCAAGGAUGGAUCCGCCAUUCCAGGGCGUUUUUCCCGCGGUGCCUGGCAAGAGACAAUAUAGCCUGCGAUAUGGAUGAGGUGAUGUGGCCCGAUGCAGCUCAGCGACAUGAUGCCGCACAGUGAUUGUGGUGUAAAUAAAAUAAAUUAAAAAA